AUGUUGAGAAGCAAUCUCCCCAACAACAGCACCAUGAACACAUCGAAAGCCACAAUAAAUAACGAUGAUUUAUCGGAGAAUGCACAAGAAACAUGCAUCAACGACGGACAAGUGCCGAUAGAAACCAAAGAGGCCCAAAUUGGAAGAGUGAGGGCAACCUUUGGAAUACUGGACUGCAAUAAAGACAAAAAAUUGGAUUCGAGUGAUUUGUUGAAGGUUUUAAGGAAAUUACGAGCUCCAAAGGAAUAUUUAGACAAUGUUGACAUGAUGAUCUGGGAAGUGUGUGACAACAAUUCGAAAAACUUUCUAAUGGUCAGCGAUCUUGAAGAAAUUGUACAGCGAGUAAAGGAAGAAAAGAAAACAUCUUUCAUCCCAGAUCGUCUUGUCAAUAUUGUAGACUUUGUUAGCAAGGACAGAAAGCUGACGGGCUAUAUUACUGCAAGUCAAUGCAUUCUAUUACUACAUAAUAGAUUUGGGGACAAUUUGAAAAGCGUAAAAUUAAGAAACCUUUUCAUUAACUCUAGAACUGGAGAAGGAAAUUCAAAGAUAUCAUUUAAGGAAUUUUUGUCCCAAAUUAACAUUAGGAAGAGCUUAAAGUAA